AUGACAACUCUGCUCAUCCCUUUGGUUACAGAUGCAGAUGCAGAUACAGAUGAUGAUAAUGCAGAUUCUCAGAUGGAGGCUGGAUUAGAGUCUCCAGGGAAUCACAGAGCUCCUCAGUCCCCCAAAGGAAAAUCCUUUCAGGAGACUUUGCAAGUCCUAAAGAAGAUCUUGAAGGACCUGGAGACAGCAGCUAGUCUUCGUAGUGACAAAGAUCCAGAGGCUACAGCUCAAAAAGCCCUUCAAAGGCACCGUUUACUCUUCAUUGUCCCAAUCUUGGGCUCCAUUUUGUUUAUGGUAGUAAUGAUUUAUAAAGUCCAUUCCCUGCUGAGGAAAAGAAAACAGAUCAGUGGGAAGAUCAACAAGACUGAUAUCCUGGUGGGAGUCUGCAAUAGACCACCCAUCCAGGAUGAAGGUCCAGAUGAGGCAUUCUGCAAGCAGCUGGCAGAAGUCUCACCAUCAUCAACUCUUGUCCUUGUGGGGGACUUCAAUCUACCAGGCUUGUGGAAUGUGUGGAAGAUAACUUCCUGUGAACCCCUGGCUCCAAAGAGGGCCAGGAGGGCCAAGGCGGACGCUGACCCAGAGCAGGUCCAAGGGAGCGGUGGCAUCGGUGCACAGGAGCCGCUGCUCCCCGACCUGGCCCACAUCCGCCUGGAGAUCAGCUCGCUGCCCGCCUUCCUGGCGGCCCGCAGGCAGCGCCACAGCCACUCCAGCGAGACGUCCAGCGCCGACGGCGACAGCGAGCCCGAGCAGGAGUUGACUGAAGAACAGAAAGAAGGUGCUUUCUCCAAUUUUUGUAUUUCCAAGGGGACCAUUCAGCUACUUCAAGCUCGAGGAGUAACGUACCUGUUCCCUGUGCAAGUAAAGACCUUCCACCCGGUGUAUUCUGGCAAAGAUGUAAUUGCCCAGGCACGAACUGGAACCGGGAAAACGUUCUCCUUUGCAAUUCCCUUAAUUGAAAAGCUUCAGGCUGAUACACAGGAAAGAAGAAGAGGCCGUUCACCAAAGGUAUUAGUUCUUGCUCCAACAAGAGAGCUGGCAAACCAGGUUGCCAAAGACUUCAAGGACAUCACAAGAAAACUCACAGUAGCUUGUUUUUAUGGAGGAACUCCAUAUAAUGGGCAAAUUGAUCUCAUUAGAAGUGGCAUUGAUAUUUUGGUGGGCACACCUGGUCGAAUCAAAGACCACCUUCAGAAUGGCAAGCUGGACCUCAGCAAGGUGAAACACGUUGUCCUUGAUGAAGUGGACCAGAUGUUGGACAUGGGGUUUGCUGAGCAAGUGGAGGACAUAUUACGAGUUGCGUACAAGAAGGAUUCUGAAGACAAUCCCCAGACGCUACUGUUUUCUGCAACUUGCCCACAUUGGGUGUAUGAUGUAGCUAAGAAAUACAUGAAGUCUAAGUAUGAGCAGAUUGACCUUAUUGGGAGAAGAACUCAGAAGGCUGCUACAACAGUAGAACAUUUGGCUAUAGAGUGUCACUGGUCUCAGAGAGCUGCGGUUAUUGGGGACGUCAUUCAGGUCUACAGCGGCAGCCACGGGCGGACCAUAGUCUUUUGUGAGACCAAAAAGGAGGCGAAUGAACUGGCCCUAAAUGCUUCAAUCAAGCAGGACUGCCAGUCAUUGCAUGGAGACAUUCCUCAAAAGCAAAGGGAGAUAACACUGAAGGGUUUUAGAAAUGGCACGUUUAAAGUUCUGGUUGCAACUAAUGUGGCUGCCCGUGGUUUGGACAUCCCAGAAGUUGACCUGGUUGUGCAAGGUUCACCUCCAAAGGACGUUGAUUCCUACAUCCAUCGUUCUGGACGCACGGGGCGUGCUGGCCGGACAGGGAUCUGUAUUUGCUUCUAUCAGAGAAGAGAAGAAGACCUGCUGAAACAGGUGGAGCACAAAGCGGGGAUUACAUUCAAGCGUAUAGGUGUUCCUUCUGCCACAGACAUAAUUAAAGCUUCAAGUAGUGACGCCAAAAAGUUUUUGGAGGCGGUUCCUCCUUCUGCAGUAGAGUACUUCAGACCAUCAGCUCGAGAGCUGAUAGAGGAAAAAGGGGCCGUCGAUGCCCUGGCUGCAGCUCUAGCUCAUAUUUCGGGGGCAUCUUCCAUUCAGCAGCGCUCUUUACUCAACUCAACUGCGGGCUUUGUGACGAUGGUGCUGCGGUGCUCCAUAGAGAUGCGGACCAUGAGCUACGCGUGGCGAGCGCUGAAGGAGCAGCUCGGGGAGGAAGUGGAUGCGAAAAUAUCCGCAAUGCGUUUCCUCAAGGGGAAGAUGGGCGUGUGCUUCGAUAUCCCUGUUGAUGAACUAAGUAACAUACAGGAGCAGUGGCAGGACUCCAGACGCUGGCAAAUGUCUGUGGCCAAGGAACUGCCCGAGCUGGAGGAGCUCCCGCACGAGGCAGGAAACGGCUUCUCCAGGUUUGCCAACGGCCGGCACGGCGACCGCGGCGGCUUCCGCAGGAACAACAGAUUUAAGAGCGGCGGCGCCUCACGGCGCGGCGGGGAGGCGCCGCGCCCUGAUUGGUCGGCGCGCAACAACCUGGGCAUCCUGUGGUCCGAGCGGGACGAGAUCAAGACGGCUCAGACGUACCUGGAGUCGGCGGAAGCCUUGUACCACCAGUACAUGAAGGAGGAUGGAAACCCUCCCAUGGAUCCCAGCGAACACUUCAUGGAAGAACAUGAAAAACUCACAGACCAAGAAAGAUCAAAAAGAUUUGAAAAAGCCUAUACCCACACUUUAUAUUACCUGGCACAAGUCUACCAGCACCUGGAGAUGAUUGAGAAGGCUGCCCAGUAUUGUCAUACCACUCUGAAGCGACAGCUUGAGUUUAGUGGCUAUUACCCGGUAGAAUGGGCACUCAAUGCUGCUACCUUGUCACAGUAUUAUCUCUCCAAGCAAUGCUUCAUGGAGGCCCGACACUGCUUAGCAGCAGCCAACGUCAUCUUUAGCCAAGCUGGACAGGUUCCUUCUGCUGAAGACAAUGAAGCAGAGCAAGACCAACAAGACCUUCGGCAGAGGAAGGCUGAAAUUGCGAGAUGCUGGAUCAAGUAUUGCCUGAAUCUUUUGCAGAGUGCUCGGAAAUUACUUGAGGAUAACAUAGGAGAGCUGGAUCUUGACAGACAAUUAGAACUUAAAGCCCAAAGGAAAAAAGAGGAGGAUGAAAAAGAGAAUGGCAGGAAAAAAGCUGUCCUUUUUGUGACGAGUGAUAUAUGUGACUCUGUCUUAGCCAUGGAGGAGAAAGUGAGCUGUGUGUAUCCUUUAGAUUUUCAGGAAGCCCGAGAAAUCUUCCUGGUGGGUCAGAACUAUGUCCAGGAAGCAAAAGAGUUCUUCCAGGUUGACGGUUACGUCACUGACCACAUAGAGAUUGUUCAGGAUCACAGUGCUCUCUUUAAGGUACUUGCUUUCUUUGAAGAGGACUAUGAGCGGCGCUGCAAGAUGCAUAAGCGUCGCGUAGACAUGCUGGAGCCUCUGUGUGCAGACCUGAACCCCCAGUACUACCUGUUGAUCAGCAGGCAGCUGCAGUUUGAGCUAGCAGACACCUAUUACGAGAUGAUGGAUUUGAAGGUAGCCAUUGGUAACAGGUUAGAAGAGCUAGACUCCCACACGAUUAAAAAAAUCAAUUUGCUAGCUCAGUUAGCAAUAAAAUAUUAUGAACUCUUCUUAGAUUCUUUGAGAAACCCAGAUAAGGUGUUUCCUGAAGAGCUCGAGGAAGAUGUUCUUCGCCCUGCCAUGGUGGCCAAAUUUCAUAUUGCCCGGCUGUACGGUAAACUUAUUACUUCGGAUGGCAAAAAGCAACUGGAAAAUAUGCAGACCUCACUGGAGUAUUACACAUUUCUGGUAGACUAUUGUGAGAAGUAUCCAGAUGCUGUCCGAGCUGUGGAAACUGAACUAGAACUCAGUAAGGAAAUGGUUGGUCUUCUUCCAACAAGAAUGGAGAGGCUAAGAGCAAAACUCAGCCCAUUCAUAUAAACCCUUGCCUUGGAAGGAAAUGUGCAAUAUUAAAAUGGUAUCUGUCGCAGGCAGUGCUGUAGGACAGCUUCCAUGCUGCCU